AUGACAAGACUCAGACUCAAGCUGCUUGAGAAGAGACUGGAGAGCAAAAAGGACAUUAUGGAUGACAGACUAAAGUCUGCCCAAUCUGCAAGGAGUUAUGAGGGGCAAAUGGAUGCACUCCACCAGGCACUAAGAAGAAAGCAAGACCUGCUGCAAAGACUGAAAGAGCAGCAUAUGAAAGAGGACCUCAUCAGACCUCACACCUGGGGAGGGUCACCAAGACAGUACCAGUGGCGCUUCAUAAAUCCCCCUCAGCUGCCUCCACCUGCACCCAUGGCAUCCACCCACAUCUACCAGCCAGCUACCGGUCCAGCCUUCAGUUCCCUUCCACUACCUGCCGUGCCACAACCUCCUCACAUCAUCCAACAGACUCUACCCCAAUUCCCCGCCACCAUCAUAAAACAGCUGCCACAGCAGCAGCCUGCACUAACUCAGAUUCCUCCACCUCAGCCUCACCCUGCACUACGGUCGGGUAGCAUCAAAGAAGACAUGGUUGAGCUGAUGCUGAUGCAAAAUGCCCAGAUGCACCAGAUCAUAAUGCACAAUAUGAUGCUGAAAGCCGUGCCUCCUAUUGCCCUGUCACCACCUGGACAGUCCCAUCACUGUGUCCCUCACUGUACAUAUUGUGGACAGGACAGUUACCAAGGAAACCUCCCUUAUGUGAGGCCAGAUGUCAAAACUGGGGGAAGUACUGUCCAUCAUCAUCAUCAUCAUCAUCAUCAUCAUCAUCAUGGUCUCACUCCCACAGCACCACAGCUGCCUCCGAUCAGCUACCCUACAUGGCCGCCAGGGGUGUCAUCUGCCCCAGCAGGACAUGCAAAGGGACACAUACCAUCAUUACACCCAACAGCACCUGUUACCCUCCCACCACCUUAAUAUGGUACACACUCACUAUAUACACACACAAUUCCCCCAUCACUCUACAGUCAGUGAUCUAUCAUGACAAAUUGUACAGUGGAUUGACAUGGAAAAAUGGCAAUUUUAGUCACAAUAAAAUGUGCAGAAAAUGAAGGGGUAUGAUUACUUUCUGAAGAUGCUUUUUAAUCAAGGUUAUGUGUGUAUGUGUCUUAACAGGACUCACAUUUCUCAGAGUCCCCUUGUCUCUGAUUUUUUUUAAAGCACAAUGGAAAACAAUUACAUAUUAACUUGGAUGUCAUGCUGACUACUUGGUUAGCACUUUUGCCUUGCAGCAAGAAGAUCCCUGGUUCAAAUCCCGGCCUGUGCCUGGGAUCUUUCUGCAUGGAGUUUGCAUGUUCUCCCUGUGCAUGCGUGGGUUUUCUCCGGGCACUCCGGCUUCCUCUCACAGUCCAAAAAUAUGCUGAGGUUAACUGAUUACUCCAAAUUGCCCGUAGGUGUGAGUGUGAUUGUCUGUAUAUGUAGCCCUGCGACAGACUGGCGACCUGUCCAGGGUGUCCCCUGCCUUCGCCCGAAUCAGCUGGGAUAGACUCCAGGACCCCCUGUGACCCUAGUGAGGAUAAAGCGGUGUAUAGAGAAUGGAUGGACUAUGUUUUUAAGUGACACAUACCUGUGACUAAAUAUGUUGUGCCAUUGUACAAUCACUGGGAUCAGUUGUAAUGCACAAUGCACACAAAUAAAUGUUAAACUGAG